AUGGCCAGGAGCAGCCAGAAUUUCGAGGGCGAGAUGUCGGCAUUGCGGGCCGAGAAUGAGUCACUCGGAGCAGAACUUGAUAAUGCGAGACAGCAGAUCAACUCUCUCACGCGCUUGCAGCUGGAGCUGCAGGCGCGGCAGCCCGACCUUGAGAAAGCUGUGAAAGCGGCCGUGUAUCAGGAGCAGCUGUCCCAAGACUUGCGAAAUCAGAAGGCUCUCGACCUACUUCAAAAUAAGGAUGCCAUAAUAUCAAGGCUCGAGAAGAGCCACGCACAGCUCCUGUCUGAAAAUAAACAGAUUCAAGGGCUACUGUCCAAAGCUUCUGAGGAGGCUGCCAGAAACGCCUCGUUGUUGGAGGAGUCCUUCAGAGCAAGAGAGAAAAUCGAGUUGCAGAUGCAGAGGGAACAUGCAGAAGCCGCGGCGAAGCAGGCUUCCCUGAAGACGGAAAUCGCUGCACUUUCCGGCGAGGUUGCAGCGGUACAGAGCCAAAGAUCCGACUUGGAAGCCGCCAUCCGGGCAGCUGAUGAGGCGCAGGCAAGAGCGUCCAGGCUCGAGGCAGAGCUUGGGCACCAAUUCCAGGCUCUUAACGCCGCUACAGAGGAAACCGGGAGGUUAUCAUCAAAGCUUUCAGAAGCACGAUCACGCAUUGAGGAAUUGGAGGAGUCCAGCAUUGCGCAAGGCAAAGAAUACGGGACACAUUCAGAGGACAUGGCAAAAGCGCACGACAGCGAUGUCCAGCGGCUUCAACAGCAAGUGGCGGACCUGGAGGACUCGUUGGCGCAGCAGCGUCACAAUUCCAGUAGCGCACCGCGGCCCAUCAGCAAGGCCCGUCGAAGUGCCGAUUCUUUGAAUAUCUCCCUGGCCGCAGGUUAA